GGCUGAGGCUGGGCGAGAGGGGCUACUUCCUACGUUCUAUAGACCUGCCUAGUUAGGAGUCAUGAGGUUACAGCUGUUCAGGGUCACGAGGUUUUGGGUGUCAAAGAAUUAAUUUCUCUACUCCUUCCGGAGUUAGUUCGCUUUGUCGCUCUUUGUCUUUGAUGGUGUAAACCUUAGCCAUCCUUCUAGGCCAAACUCGGGUGCUACUUUCUUCAUGCGUUCUCUGAUACUCACAGAGGGGAGUGAUCGUUACUUGGCCGUAAGCCUUUCUAGUCCAAGGACUAGUCAUAAUCGUUGACCUGUGGCGCUAAGUUAAAAAAGGUGUUAUUUGGGUAAAAUGAAGACUAUAGCCCAUGAGCUAGCAUCUCAGAUGGUUCUCAGAAACUGCUCCAAAGAGGUAGGGGGGAUGGUCAGUAUAUAUGUGAUUUUGGUGAAGGGAGAGUAAAUGCUAUCAAGCACAUAUUUUUUUGCAGACCGUUUCUGCUAGUGAUGAGCAACAGUUGUCACCACGAAGGAUUUUAGUGUUUUUAUGAGGAGGGUUAGAUGUGAAGAGAUACAAGAAUUGGGCUCAUAAUAAAAUUGGUUCCUGAAAAUAUCUAUCUGAAGACCUGUGCUGCCAGGUUUUUUUAAAUUGUUGUUCCAGAGCACCAAGUUCCUCAUUUCUGCUCUCCACCCUAAACUCUUUGCAGGGGGUGUCGACAAUCAGCAGCUGCAGUACCACAUGAUUUAAUCCUUGUAGAGGUGGAUGACAAAUGCUAGUGGCAAGUGCCAAUUUGUAGUUGACAGUGGCAAAGCAUGAAGUAUAGCAUAAUUAAAAGCCCCUGGGUUGGAAUCCCAGCUCUUUCAAAUAUGACCAAAUUGUUCAAGUUUUCUGAGCCUUAGUUCCUCCUCAUCAGCAAAAUGGGAUAACGAUUGUACUUAACUGAAAGACUGCUAGGGGGAUUAAUUUUAAUUCACAUAAAGCAUUUAGAACAGUGAUUGCAUAUAUGGUAAGCACUCAAAAUUGGUAGUAAUUAUUAUAGUUUUUUUCUUCCGAGCCUAGGCACAGUGGCAUUGUAGUUAUUCAGUAAUGGUUGGCAUUAGUUGUAGAAGUUCUGGCUUUGAGAGCAGAUGGAAGUAACAACUUCCUAUCAGAUUUAUGAUCUCAAUUGAGAUUCUUAACUUUUCUGCACUCCAGUUUCCAUAUUUGUAAGCAGGUAUUAACAGUGCUUUUUAGGAGAUUUUGGUGAAGUUUAAAUGGAGUAACAUACGUCUGACACGUAUUAUUCAAUGUUAGCUGCCUUUCCAUCUCUCUGCACUCCUGUUGGUGGUAUCUGUAUAGCAUUUUUACUUUCUGGCUUGUAGUAUUAACUGUACACAUGUCUUAUCUCCUCUUCUAGACUGGGAGGCUCUUUCGGGGUAGGGAGAGUCCUUGAACCUUGUCUGUAUCUAUCCUUACUGUCUAGUACAUAGAAAAUCCUUCAUACAAGGUUGUAGGAUUUGAUAACUUAUUUAGCAAGAAUCUGACUUCGUUCCAGAGGUUAGGGCUGAUAGGGUGUGUGUGUGUGUGUGAGUCCGUGUGCACAGGCACACAAGUGGCUAAAGGUGUAGCAGGAGGGAGAAUGCUGCAGUGAUGAAAUAGUUUUAUAUCUUGAUUGUGGUAGUAGUUACAGGAACCUACAUGUAACAAAAUGGCAUAGAACUAUAUGUACACGUUGUCCACAAUGCUCAUUUCCUGAUUUUGAUAUUGUACUCCAUAUAAAAUAAAACCAUUGGUGGUUACAUAUAAGGGUAUGGAGAUCUCUCUGUAUUAUUUCUGCAAACUUCUUCUAGUCAAUCCUUAUUUUUUCCAAGAAACUUAAAAAUCUCUGUACCUACCUUGUAGUUGUACUUUUAUUUUUUUUUAUUGAAGUAUAAUUUAUUUACAGUGUUGUGCCAAGCUCUGCUGUACAGUGAAUGACUCAGUUAUAUACACAUAUACAUUCUAGGUAUUCUUUUCCACUGUGGUUUAUCACAAGGUAUUAAAUAUAGCUCCCUGCUCUAUACAGUAGGACCUUGUAGCUGUAUUUUUUUAGGUGCAGUAAUGAAUACCAGAAGAUGCCCUCAAGGACGAGAGAAGGCAGUUUUAACCUGGAGAGCAAGUAGCAAUACCUUAGUGCUUAAAUGAGUGGUUACUUUUUUGACAUGCAUUUUAGUGUUGUUUGAAAGUUUCUGUAAGUGCACAUGUUCCUUGUACAAUGAGACAAAGAAAUACAGAUAAAACUUCUCAUUUGCUCUCAUAUAAAGUGAGUAGUUAUGGUGAAAAGUUCAGCAGUGGUGCAUGCUGAGAAGGCUUCCGGGAGAAGGUGGGCCUUGAGCUGGGCAGAGUGGAAGGGGGUGUGUCAGAAAAUGAGGAAGCUGGAGAGCCAGUGCUGUUUCCAGCACUAUGAGUAGGCCGGGCUCUUUUGAGCAGAAGGUGAAGGAAAACUUAGAAAAGUUGGAGUCUUAUAGUGAAGCAAUCUACCAGGCAGGAAAGUUAGGACGUUUUGAAAGAUAGAGGAGAGCCGUUGAAGACUUUUGAGCGAGGAAGAGUGGUGAAGUUUGAUCCUGUUGUGGAGAAUGGGAACAGGGGAUGUGGUGCUGUCUGGCCAUAGCACCCUGACCCUGCUGACUGCCACAUUGCAGCACCUGAACCACGUAUUUGAGCUGCAUCUGGGGCCAUGGGGCCCUGGCCAGAUAGGCUUUGUGGCUCUGCCCUCCCAUCCCGCCGACUCCCCCAUCAUCCUCCAGCUUCAGUUCCUCUUCGAUGUGCUGCAGAAAACGCUUUCACUCAAGCUGGUCCAUGUCCCAGGUCUUGGCCUCUCAGGGCCCAUCAAAAUUUUUCCCUUCAAGUCCCUUCGUCAGCUGGAGCUCCGAGGUGUCCCCCUCCACUGCCUCCAUGGCCUCCGUGGCAUCUAUUCCCAACUGGAGACCCUGAUCUGCAGCAGGAGCCUCCAGGCAUUAGAGGAGCUGCUGUCAGCCUGCGGUGGUGACCUCUGCUCUGCCCUGCCCUGGCUGGCUCUGCUGUCUGCUGACUUCAGCUACAAUGCCCUGACUGCCUUAGACAGCUCCCUACGUCUCUUGUCAGCUCUUCGCUUCUUGAACCUGAGCCACAAUCAAGUCCAGGACUGCAAGGGCUUCCUGAUGGAUUUGUCUGAGCUCUGUCACCUGGACAUCUCUUACAACCACCUGCGUUUGGUGCCGAAAAUGGGACCCUCAGGGGCUGCUCUGGGAACCCUGAUUCUGCGGGGCAAUGAGCUCCAGAGCCUGCAUGGCCUGGAACAGCUGCGGAACCUGCGGCACCUGGAUGUGGCCUACAACCUGCUGGAGAGACACAGGGAGCUGGCGCCACUGUGGCUGCUGACGGAGCUCCGCAAGCUCUGCUUGGAGGGGAACCCGUUGUGGUUCCACCCUGAACAUCGCGUGGCCACCGCCCGGUACCUGUCGCCCCGCGCCCGGGAUGCUGCUGCUGGGUUCCUUCUUGACGGAAAGGCCUUGUCACUGACUGAUUUACAGACCUCCACGUCCUCGGGGCUCAGCACCACGGCACCACCUCCGCCCUGGCCAGUGGGGAGUAUGAUCGAAACCUCCGGUGGCCCUGACUUGAGUGACAGCCCCUCGUCAGGGGGCGUUGUUGCCCAGCCCCCGCUCCGCAAGGUGAAGAGCCGAGUCCGCGUGAGGCGGGCGAGUAUCUCGGAACCCAGUGACACAGACCCGGAGCCCCGGACGCUGGACCCCUCCCCGGCUGGGUGGUUUGUGCAGCAGCAUCGGGAGCUGGAACUCAUGAGCAGCUUUCGGGAGCGGUUUGGCUGUGACUGGCUGCAGUAUCGGAAUCACCUGGAGGCCUCUGCCCCCAGCACGGUGUCCCCGGACGCCCUGAGCCCAGGGCCUGUGCCCAGCCCUCCACCGCCUGAGAAGGAGUCUCCGCAGGAGGUGGCAGAGGAGGUCCGGCCAGAGCUGGAGCCUCAGGAGGAAGAGGAGCUGGAGGAGCAGGGAGAAGAGGAGGGAGGAGAGGAGCAAAGCGAAGUGGAGGUGGAGCUCUGCCGGCCCAUGUUGGUGUGUCCCCUGGAGGGGCCCGAGGGCGUGCGGGGCAGCGAGUGCUUUCUCUGGGUCACUACGGGCCACCUAUUUGAGGUGGAGCUCCAAGCGGCUCGAACCCUGCAACGGCUUGAGCUUCAGAGUCUGGAGGCAGCUGAGAUAGAGGCAGAGACCCAGACCCAGAGUGAGCAGGUGCCCGAGGGCUCAGAUCCACGACCCCAGGGCCCAGUCCUUGCUCUCCGCUUCUCCUACAUUUGCCCCGACCGGCAGUUGCGUCGCUACGUGGUGCUGGAGCCAGAUGCCCAGGCGGCUGUCCAGGAGCUGCUGGCUGUGCUGACGCCAGCAGCCACCUCUCAGCAUCAGCUUGAGGAAGCAGGGGGCCCGCCAGGGGACAGACUCCAGUGUCUGCGCUGUGGCCGCGAGUUCAAGCCAGAGGAGCCCAGGUUGGGGCUGGACAAUGAGGAAGGCUGGAGGCCGCUGUUCCAGAAGACAGAAUCAUCUGCUGUAUGUCCAUACUGUGGUAGUGAUCACGUGGUUCUUCUGGCCGUGUCCCCCGGAACCCCCAGUGGGGAGCGGAGACGGGAAGAGCAAUCCCUGGCCCCCUCGCAGUCCCCGAGUGCUGUCCACGACCCUCCUGGCCACACCGACCCCAGCAACGGGGCUGGCAGUGCCCCAUCCCAGGCCCCAGCCUCCCAUGACCACCACAGUUGGAGCCUCAGCCCGCCCCCUGAGCGCUGCGGCCUCCGCUCCGUGGACCACCGACUCCGACUCUUCCUGGAUGUCGAGGUGUUCAACGAUGCCCAGGAGGAGUUCCAGUGCUGCUUCAAGGUGCCGCUGGCGCUGGCAGGCCACCCGGGGGAAUUUCUGUGUCUUGUGGUUGUGUCUGACCAAAGGUUCUACGUGUUGAAGGUGACAGGGGAGAUCUGCGGGCCCCCGGCGAGCUGGCUGCAGCCGGCCCUGGCUGUUCCCCUGCAGGAUCUGCGGCACAUAGAGCUGGGCCUGGCGGGACAGAGCCUGCGGCUGGAGUGGGCAGCUGGGAUGGGGGCCUGUGUCCUGCUGCCCCGAGAGGCCAAGCGCUGCCGGGCCUUCCUGGAGGAGCUCACUGAUGUCUUGCAGUCCCUGCCCCCCACUCGGAGGAGCAGUGUCAGCGCCACGGAGGAGGAGGUGACCCCGAAGCACAGGCUCUGGCCACUGCUGAAGACAGACUCUUCCUUGGAGCCUCCCCGGUUCUUCUACCUUCGAGCGUUCCUGGUUGAAGGACCCGCUGCCUGCCCUGUGUCCCUGUUGCUGACUCUGUCCACCCUGUACCUGUUAGAUGAGGACCCUGUAGAGUCCCAGGCAGAGCCCCCUCCUCCAGCAGCGUCUGGCGAAGCGUCUGAGAAGGCCCCACCCCCCAGGCCAGGCCCCUCAGUGAGCGUCAGGGAGCAGCAGCCCCUCAGCAGCCUGAGCUCCGUGCUGCUGUAUCGCGUGGCCCCGGAGGCCCUGCGGCUGGUCUUCUACGACGAGGUGUCCCGGCUGGAGAGCUUUUGGGCAGUCCGAGUUGUGUGUCCGGAGCAGCUGACAGCCUUGCUGGCCUGGAUCCGGAAGCCCUGGGAGGAGCUGUUUUCCAUCGGACUCCGAACUGUGACCCAGGAGGCUCUGGACCUUAACCAGUGAGGCUGCCAGGCUGGCCCCGCCCCUGCCAUUGAAGCCACAGCUACAGAUGUCCUCUCUCCAGACUCUGGCCGCUGACUCGUCUGGCCUCUGGGCACUGGCCAGCAAGGCCCCGGAUGACCCCCGGCGCAUGGGCAGGGUGAGAGGACUAGUCCGGCCUCUAGUUGACCUGGCCCCAGGGGAUGGGCUGAGUGGUCAGAAGGAGUGUUUCUCUUGCACUUUCCUCAGGUAUCAAUAAAGCUGUUUCCAUUCCAGAUGCCAUGGGGGCACCUGGAAGUGUCA